AUAGACUCAUUUGUUUUCGUCAAGAUUUCCUUAAGGCUGUGACGAGUAGUGAAAAGUUUUCAGUAUUCAAGUGAAAUACACUGAUAAUAGUGAACGAAAACUAUAGGAAUGACUUCUAUCGCAUCUGUCAAUGAGAAAACUCAAUUAAUCAAUUCAUUGCGAAAGGAGGAGCCGAACGCCGUUUCCUAUGACUCCAUACUUUCGGACUCAACGGCCGUCGACUCAAUCGUGUAUUGCAGUCAUGGAAACAAUGAGAAGAUUUGCUGCAACAGAGACGGCAAACCGGUGUCUCAGACCGUCAACUGGUCUCACUGUCACUCUAUGGACAAU